GUGAUAUGGUCAGUUGUGAUUUGUAGGUGCAACAGGACACUACCGUUCCUCGCAUUCACUCCAAGUGUUACGCUUGACGCGCUCAGCUUGAAACGUACUAGUUAACAAACGUCGUACGGACAGCCGUCGCUAUAGUGACCGAUUUCGAUUGAGUUUAAACGGAAAUUUUGGCAAUUAUUCUUGACUAGUAGUACUGCUACUGUGUGCUUUCUUUGAAACCGACGAGCCGCCCAUGUGAAUUAUGCGAGUGUGGGGAUUUCUAAAACGAAAAUGCAGAAAAAGAGUGUAAGAGAGUGGGCAAGAAAGGUGGCCGAAACGUUGACAAUCUUUCGGCGUAGUUUAAUUUUUCAAACGAAAGAAUUUUUUCAAAAUUCCACGUUGCAUGGUGUGCGUUACAUAGCCGAGUCCGGACGUCCGGUGGGUGAAAAAUUUAUGUGGUUUUGCUUUACAACAAUCGGUGCUGUGACUGCCUUGGUGAUAAUUAUGAGUUUGUGGGAGAAAUUUCAAACUAACCCAACCAUUACAGGUUUGGACACCGAUUUCCAUAAUCAAAAUGUUGUCUUUCCCAGCACAAUUGUCUGUCCGGAAAUACCCUUCGAUCAUGACAAGGCAUAUGAUUGGGCAUACAAAACAUUAUCAAAUUAUGACCAUCCCACGGCAACUAUGAUCGCACCAUUUCUUGAGCUUUUAACAUCUUUAAACUUCGACAAUGUCAACGAAGCUUAUGCGCUGUCUACAUCGGUGUCGGCAAAUAUUUUAAAUGAAAUUAAUUUACGAGAUGCGGCAUUUAAAGUUCAUGUUAGCUGUGAAGACACCUUAACGGAAUGCAAGUAUCGUGACGAACCGAUAUCGUGUUGUACACAUUUCGAUAGAGUUUAUACCGAGCAUGGCAUGUGUUUCGCUUUCAAUAGUCGUUUCAAAUCGGAGGAAAAAGAAGAUGUAAAUGGAGCCGCGCCACAUGAUCUUUAUGAGACAGAUAAGAAAUGGGCUUUGUAUUUCGUACCGAACGGCACUGCAAAAGUUUUCAUUUUUUCAAAUGAGGAAUAUUUCGGCAGUGAUUUCAAUGCCCAAAUCGAGUGGGAAGAUAAUCAGAAAGUAGAAGCAAGGAUUUCCAAAAAGAACACCUAUACCACAGAUGACGCGAGGCAACUAACAAUUGGUCAACGGAAAUGCAUCUUUUAUGACGAGGUUAAAUUGCAAUAUUUCCCUGAGGGCUACACAUUCUCCUCCUGCAUGAAGGAGUGUCGCAUGAAACGUGCCAUCAAAUUCUGUAAAUGCAAUCCACCAUUUUAUAAGCCCAUAUCGAGUGUGCCUACGUGUGGCGUAUCCGAUUUGAUGUGUUUGGAAAAGAACAAGGCGAACAUUACGAAUAUACGGAAUUGCAUGCAAUGUGAAUUGAGCUGUUCGAAAACGGUCUUUAACAUUGAGAAAUUGAUUAAGAACACUGAAAAGACCGAUGACACGGGCGUUUUAGUGGAGUUUCUCACGUGGCCUAUUAUACGUUAUAAACGCGAGGUACUUUUCGGUUGGGUCGAUCUUUUGGUGUCCUUUGGUGGUAUUGCAAGUUUAUUUCUAGGCUUCUCGUUGCUCUCUGGUGUGGAAAUUAUUUACUAUUUCACGUUAAGAGCUUGUUGUAUGGUCUACAAAAAUAGGCAAGAAUUGUAUGAAAUCGAAGAGGAGAUCAAACGAAGACCGCCGCCUGCCAUUAAUCUCUCACUACGCAUCAUGUCUUACGUUUCAAAGCCAUCCCAAGACGCUGUGGCUGUAGAUGAUAACUUGACACGGAACAAUUUGAAUAGCAAGCAGUUUAACGAAAAAUCCAUUAUUUUGUGUAAACGAAACAAUUUCAAUAUGAAUGUACCACAAAAUGUCAAGGAAUUAAAUCGGCGACGCAAAGCUGAUAAGGACUAUACCGGAUAUUCAAAAUCACUAUACAAGUCUACAAAGAUUAUACCGCAAUAUACAGAUUCGAACGGCGACUGGAAAUAUGGACAAUAUCUACCCUGAAUGUUUAGAAGAAAAUAAUUUAGUAUAAGAAUCAAGAAGCAGUUGAUAUUACGAUAUCAGAAAAUUAAAAAAAAAAAUUAUAAUUAAGUACUCACCCCGUGUCAAUUUAAUAUUUGCAAUGUUUUAAAGUUCCAUCACCAAAAAGUCAACAAGUGUAUUUGGACAAUAUAUUUCA